UAGAACUGGUCUAAGUUUUUAUUAAAUUCAAAUUGCAGCUUUAGUUUGCAACUCUUUAAGUUGGCUAACAAGUUUUGCGUUAAGCUUAGAGUAAAUCUUUGAAGCCUUGUGCGUUAAGUAGUUUAACUUUCAUUCUUUGGUGAGGAAAAGAUUAAUCUUUAGGAAUGCCUGACAUUAAAGAGGAGAGCAUGAAUAUGGAAAAUACAGGAGAUUCUAAAGUUAUAUUACCCACAUUCAGUUUGACUCGACUAAUUCACAUUGAGCACAACUACAAUCAUGUCCUAAUGGAAGAGAUUCCAGGGCAGUUGCAUUUAAAACGCACUUUAAGGCAGUUGGUUUUUGGUUUGCAUGACAAAUUAAAUCCCGGAAAGCAUUUACCUGUUGUGGAAUUAGAGGAGCAAACUCGAAGGGCAGACUUGAUCCAAAAACGAUUGCGAAGAUUUAUGGCCAAGGACCGAAGAUAUAUCGAAUUUAGUCCAAUGUCGCCAUUCCAGGAGGUGAUUGUAAAGGAACUGGCGGACGAAAUGAGCUGCUCCACAAGGUUUUACACUGGUGAAGACGGCAGACGGUAUUCUGUUGUCUAUAAACCGGGAGAUGGACCCAAUUCGUAUGAACUGAGAGCUCGCCAAGGAGAUUUAAACUUAAGACGUGAUAUCUUGCGCUCGGCCCAAAUAAGAAAAAAACGGGCUAAAGUUUCAUCUGUUGGCCUGAAAACGGAGGUGGAAAACAGUCGCAUUGACGAGUUUUCCGCAUUGCGAUUGGGUCACAAAAUUCUAAAGGACUUUAAUGCAAAAAGCCAUCCAGUUCGAAAGAAUAUGCGAUCUAAGCGAAAAGAAAAGGAGAACAUUGGAGAAGAUAAGAAGAAAUGAUCAUUAUUUUUUUUAGUAGUUACCAAAAUUAAAAUUUAAAACAAAUUUUAGUGCAAAAGCUAAGUGGAAAGCUUUGUGAAGCAGCUGUGCUGCAGUUGCACUCCAGUAUAAAAAAUAAUCAUAAUAAAAUGGGAUGUGUGCUCAUUGGCUGCAGUAUUGCCAGCUUAGAAUAUUUUAGGAUAUUUCUAGCA